UACAGUAUCGCAUGUUGCUUAGGUCAAGGUUACUUUCAGUUCAACAUUGUUUGAAAGCAUCUUUAACAUCUUCCUUGGCUAAGGGCAGUAGAAAUUUUUUGUUUAUAAAUGGUUAUCAGACUUGUUAAAUGGCCGAUGUCUGUAUUAUGGCCGAUGACAAAGAAAUUUUAUUCAACAUAAAAAAGCACUUCAUUCGUCAAUGAUCAAUGACAACACAGUGAUGACAAAGACCGUCGGCGACAAUAUUCUCCAGUCAGCCAAUAAAAUCACUCCACGCAGAACCAAAAUUCUGCGUACAAAAAGGUCUAUAAUACCAUGUGCAGUAAGCAGAAGAAUCCAUUAUGUGAACGACUGUUUUAAUCGAAACAUGGCAGACUACCUUACAGCGUUUGAUAACAAUGCCUACUUGGUGUUGGAAAGCAAAAUUUUUGAUCUGACCAGUGACGACAAAAGUUUACUGGAGUUUCGCAUGAAAACCUUUCAUAAGUUUUGGUCCAAUUUUAAGCCAGAGUCGUCAAAAGAAUCCUCGAAUAUUCGCUGUCUCGAGUUCGGGGGCGGACCUGUCGUCAGGAAUCUUAUAAGCGCUUCUCCCAAAGUUGAUCGCAUCGUAUUCUCAGAAUACCUCGAAUGUAACCGAAGAAGCGUCCUCUCGUGGUUGGCUGGUGAUACCGAGCUUCUUGACUGGUCGCCUUUGAUAAAAUAUGUUGUCCAUGAUCUCGAAGGAGACAACAACCCCGAGGCAAUUUCCGAGCGCGAGAAAGACAUGAAACAAAAAGUACAAUCGGUUGUUUCUUGCGAUGUUAACCAAAAUCCGAUUGUGGAUCUCGAGUCCAUUGACGUCGGUAAACCUUUCGACGUCCUGUCAACCAGCUUGUGUGUAGAAGUAGUUGCAAGCUCAGAACAACAGUACAAGAGCACCAUGGCAAAGCUUUGCAAGUUCCUAAAACCCAAUGGCUAUCUUAUCAUGUUCGGCGUAGUGAAUGAAACUUUCUACACGGUUGGCGACGCGAGAUUUUCCCACUUUGGUGUGACACAACGAAUGAUUGAAGAAGCGUUGAAGGAUGCGGGGAUCGAAGAUAUUAAAAUGGAAUUGUUUCAUCGAGCAGUAAAAUCAACCACUGCGGAUGGACAAGCAUUCUUUUCAGUAGUCGGGAAAAAGUCAUGCAUGCAGAUGACUGUCUAGUUUUGUGUAGAGUUGUCAGAAAGGAAAAAAAAUGCCUAUUUGAAAACAUGUAUAUGAAGUGGGUAAUUUAUAAUUAAGUGAUAAGAUGAUAAAUUCAUGUAAUAUGUAUGUGCAUGCAUGCUUGUUUUUUGGUAUGUCAAACGUUUAAUAAAAGAACAAACAAACUUUGUUGAUGCUCUCUGAACCCUGUAUAGGCUAAAUUUAAAGGGACGCUUAUAGUGCUUUCCUCACUUUUUGAAGAACCUUGAAACGAAGCUGCAGUUGACGUAAAUUGUGAAGGGUUUUUUAAAUUUGUAUACAUUUUAACAUUUGCCGUAUCGCCCUUUUUCGUGGUCAUCUUAAAACGGCGUGUGUUCUUGCUAGAGACGCUGAGCCAUUAUUGCGA